UCCGAGCAUCAAUAUUGGACUUGUCGUGUACGAAUACGAAUAAUACGGCUAAUGAUGAUGGAUUCCCCACGUCGAAGUCGAAACCGUGCUGCCUGCCGACGCUGUCAACGACGGAAAAUCCGAUGUGAUGGCGAGGUUCCUAAAUGCACAUCGUGCAAGAAGGCGAAUACACCCUGUGUCAAUGAUGGUAAGCAGGAAGUAAGCCGCACAUACAUUACAAGCCUGCAAAAACGCGUGCAAUGGCUCGAAUCAAUGAUUCGCGAACAAGGGACCAAUAUCGAAGAUGGCCCACCCUUGGAUUUUAUGGAUAAUAUGGAUAAUUCGCAACUUGACAUCACUAAUCAUGAGGACGAAGCUGCCGAGUCUGCUAUUACUGCUACUGCCGCCGCUAUCUCUGGCUCAUGCCAAUCACCUACCCCGGUUCAACAAAGACAGGAUAUGCCACUUGCCGACUCGCAACUUUCUCGCGCACAGUCAAAACAGGCCCAUGAGAUUGGUCUAGUCUCACUUUCUUCUGGAGCUGAGCCGAGAUAUAUCGGCCCCUCGAGCGGUUAUUUCCUAGCAAAUCUGGUCUUUUCCAACACUGGUCGAAGAGCAAGAUCAGCAGGCAAUCGAGGCAAUGGAAGUGAGCCGAUCUCACUCUCUGCUGAUCUAUUUAAUAGCCCUGCAUCUUUACCAACUCGCAAAGAAGAUGCAGUCGAGCUUUCUUCAAAAUACUUCGCUUCCGCUCAUCUCAUGUAUCCGUUCCUGCAUGAACCAUCUCAUAUGCAACGGAUGAACAAAAUGUACAUGGAUGGAGAAGCCAACACUAACCCAGUGGUAGCCUUCCAUGUAUAUAUGGUCUUGGCCAUAGCAGCUUCGGACCUCUCCCGUCGCUUCAGAAUUCGCCUCCCCGCUGAAGGUUACUACACCGCAGCCACUCACUAUUUUGAAGCCGCUUGUGCCGAGGGCUCCCUAGAGGGGCUUCAAAGUCUCCUUCUCCUCAUGGUCUAUGCUCUUCAUAAUCCAUCAUGUGGGGUCAAUGUUUGGGGCUUAAAUUAUCAGUGUCUGGGAGCGCUUAUCGACCUCGGUCUUCAACGCGAUGUGCGUGCAUCCUCCGCAUUUCAAAUAUCGUUCUUAGAGCAGGAGAUGAGGACUCGGAUAUUCUGGGUGGUUUACAGUUUUGAUCGGACAUUGGGCACCAUAAUGGGUCGACCCAUUGGUGUCCGAGACGAAGCUUGCGAGCUUCGACUUCCUUCUGAUGUCGCCGAUAUAUACCUCUCAGAAGUCACAGCAGAAACAAUGAAUGGCUCGCCAUCACACAUUACAUACUCGAUUCACCUAUUCAGGCUGGCUCGGCUGAAUUCAGAAAUCAAAUAUGUCAUGCACAGCAUCUGCAGAGAUCCUCCCCGCUAUGCUUACCCCCCGAUUAUUGACAUUCAUCAAUGGCAAAACGAGAUGAUAGACCGGCUUCAGACAUGGCUAUCAGAGAUUCCUCGUGUCCUUGGAAUGGAAUCGAUUGCCAAGAUAUGCGAGACUAGAUAUCACGAAAUGAUGAUUCUAGUCCUCCGACCUAGUCCCAGUAUUCCGGAUCCUUCAGACGAGAUACUCGCACGAUGUUUCCGACAUGCCGUGGAUCUACUCCGCGGCUUCGGAGAGUUAUAUCGACAAGAGUCGCUUUUAUAUAGCAGACUCAUAGUGCACUCCAUUUUCUUGGGAACACUGAUAAUGCUGCACUGUCUAUGGAGGCUACCGAAUAUUGCAUCACAGAUCCAAAUCGACGACCUGGUAGCAGAUAGCGGCAUCAGUCUGAACAUCCUCAGCAGCAUCGGCGAGUACUGGAUAGAAGCCAAGCGAGCGAGAGAUUGCAUCCAUGAGCUUUCAGGCGCUACAAUACAACGAUUGAUCAAAGCACGAAGGCUGGAGUCUUCUGCAUCUCUGCCGACGCCACGACCAGGUACUUUUAGCGGGAGAAAUUUGCGAUCCCAACAAGCGAAUGAAAAUUUAUUAUCGCCCGAUCGAAUCGAUUCCGCUAUUGAUGCUGGCCCGACAAUGCUUGACGAUUAUGAUUUCAAUAUGGAUACUUCGACCUGGCUGAAUGAUACCAUGCCAGGUGGGUUUAUGGAUCUGGCGGGCGCGCCAGACUGGGAUAGCAUGAUGUGGGGGAUCUUCAAUAGCAAUUGA